UUGAGGUAGGUGUGCAGUUUAGUCCACUAGAGUUCUUGCUUUUCUCUCUCAAGAUGUCCUGGACUCAAGUCGUCGUGUUCUCUUUGCUCACCACCCUCCUCAUCCUCACCAUUUCCACCGUGGUAGACAGUGCAGCAGUACGGGACGACUCAAAAGAAACUGAUUCUAAAGGGGCAGCAAGGCGUGUGUUCAUGCCUGAGUCAGAUGCCUCUAACUUCUUCAAACGCCGCAGUCGGCGCUCACCCGGAUACUUUGCAGAGCUCCAAGCUGAGCAGAGGGUGAGGAUGUCACACAAUGAGCGGAGGAGGGAGUACAAUGAGGAGCAAAGGAACGAGUUCGAGAACUACGUUGAGGAGGAGCGUGAUGAGCAACAUGAAAGAUCGAGGGAGGUGAACGAGCAGUAUCGAGAGUAUAACUACGACGGUCUCUAUCCACGCCAACACUGGUUCCACUGA